AUGUUGUGCUCGCAGCCCUUCCGACCGCGCGGCGCUGAGAACGCCCCCCAGCUACAUCAACGACACAAGUCUAUGGGAAACCUGUCGACGAUGACUUCGGCCUCAAAUGCCGGCUUCCGCGGCCCUGCCAAGCGAGCUGCCUUUGGCGACGUGACUAACCUCAGCAAGCAUGUUGGUCACGGGCGCGACGAGGGCAAGGUGCUCAAGGUGUACGCCAACACAAGUACAGCGCUUGCCGCUAUCCCAGUGAACAAGGAAAAUGUUCUUGCUCACACAAAAGAUGCCUUCAACCGUCCGGCUCAAAGAUCUGUCGGUGGCUUCGCCGCGAACUCGAAGGGUGGCCUUGAGUCUAAGGUCUCCGAGGCGAACAAGAAGGCUGUUCGCAACGACUCCCAGGAGAACCGCCCUUCUUAUGUUAAAAAAGAUACCCAGGUCAAAACCUCACACGCCACAUCUACAACUAUCGACGCACGCCCUCUACAACCUCGCCAUCACAAGAGCCAACCCCAACUGAAGCAACACCAACCUACACUUCGACGAACUCAGAGCAAGCAACUGGAGACAAUUGUGGCCAAGGAAGAUCUCAUCGAAGCAUCGAACGAAGACGCCGAGGCGGCCGCCAUGGCCUUGCAGGAGGUUGACUACGCACACACUCACGCUGCUUACCUUGACUCCCUUUAUAUUGGCGCCGACCAAGAAGCCCGCCUGGAGGUGAAUCAUCCAGCAGACUACGUGGAGCUGUCUGUAAAGCUCCCCGAGAUUACCGAGGAAGAAGCCGCGGUUCCCGCCGCGUACCAAGGCGCCGCCCUUCCUGCCAUGUCCGAGCCCGAGGAGUGCUGGGAUGAGGAAGAUGAUGAGGACUUUGACGACCAGGACCAGGCAUACACGACUGCGCACUCAUUCCGUUCCCGCGACCUGACUGCUGGUGUCACUACCGUUGUGCCACCCCGUGUCACCGCUCGUGUGCAACGUGAGCUCGAGGAAGCCAAGCUGGAAGUUGAGAGAACUCGCACCCAGGACGACAUCGAAGAGGAGCUCUGGGACGUGAGCAUGGUUGCCGAGUAUGGCGACGAUAUUUUUGAGUACAUGCGGGAACUUGAGAUCAAGAUGCUUCCCAAUCCCCACUACAUGGAUAUUCAAACUGAGAUUCAGUGGUCGAUGCGAUCGGUGCUUAUGGAUUGGUUGGUUCAGGUACACAACCGUUUUGGCCUGCUCCCUGAGACACUAUUCUUGACGGUCAAUUACAUCGACCGAUUUCUCUCCGCCAAGAUCGUCUCGAUCGGCAAACUACAGCUGGUCGGCGCGACAGCAAUCUUGGUGGCGUCGAAAUAUGAAGAGAUCAACUGCCCUUCCCUGCAGGAGAUCGUAUAUAUGGUCGACAACGGAUAUACGGCCGACGAGGUGCUCAAGGCGGAGCGGUUCAUGCUUAGCAUGCUUAACUUCGAGCUGGGCUGGCCUGGUCCGAUGAGCUUUCUGCGGCGCGUGAGCAAGGCAGACGACUACGAUCUCGAGACGCGCACGCUCGCCAAGUACUUCCUCGAGUUGACCAUCAUGGAUGAGCGGUUCGUGGCCUCGCCACCCAGCUUCCUCGCUGCAGGCGCGCACUGCUUGUCGCGACUCAUUCUGAACAAGGGCGAUUGGAGCAAAGCACACGUGCACUACUCCGGAUACUCAUGGAGCCAAUUGAAGUCGCUCGUCACCAUGAUGAUUGAGUGCUGCGACCGGCCCCAUCUCCACCACGCGGCAGUGUUCGAGAAGUAUGCCGAGCGACGAUUUAAGGAGGCGUCGCUGCUCGUACAGAGCGCGCUCGAUGCCGGCUUUACGCUGCCUCAUCAGUCAUCGCCGGUCCGUCGGUUGUCGUCGCAAGACUCGUAUCGCGAGAGCAGUGCCGAGGUGCAGUACGCUUCGCAAGGCCAACUCGUGCCUAUUGAGGGUUGA